AGCCGUGUGCUGCUCUAACCUGGAACCUGAUUCCUUGUCCGCGCGACUUGGCCGAACUAUGGCAGGGAAACCUUUUAUCCUGACCAUGGGCAGCUCGGGCGUAGGAAAAUCAUCCUUGCUCAAUGCUCUGGUGGCUGACCAAGAAGCCUUUGAUGUCUCAAAAGACGCAAAGGCAGGAAAGAAACAUCCGAAAGUGGUGGAAAAAGAUCACGUGAAAGUCAUGGACUCUGGAGGUUUCGCUGAUCCUGAUGGUCAAGACAUCGACAUAGGGGUCAUGCUGUACGAACAGUUCAAAAAACAUGGUGCUCCAUCAACCAUUCUUGUGUGCUCAGCAGGUGUUCGCCAUGAUGAAGUAUGCCAGAGGGUCGUGUGCUUCUUGCACCGCGUUUUUGGCGAUCAGGCACUCAGCCGUAUCAUUUUUGUACUGACGCAACACCCCCUCGACGACAAAAGCUUGAAGAUGCAUGAAAAGGAGGCAGGUAGAGAGGUCCCAAAGCAGCCGGAUGACGAAUGGAGAACCGCGAUUGUUCAAAGGUGGAGAGAGGAGCUUUCUACAGGUCUCAACGAACAAAUGAAGAAACACAAAUGGCUUGGUGGUAUGGCCGCAGUGCCCGUGUUCAUCUUGGAUAGUCAUGCAAAGCUUUUUGAUGACGUUGCUGAUGAUAGUGAAGUCAACGUAUUUGAUGAACAGGUGAAACUCAUGCUAGAGCUCAGUACCAAAAAACCCUUGAGCGUGUUGGAGAUCCUGGACAAAAAGCUCAGGGAUUUCUUGGAGGUUGGGGUCCCCCAGUUGGUUUCAGACCUCUUGCAGCAGGCAGACAAGAGUGAAGAGGGGCAGCAAAGUUGGUUCCUGCAGGCUUCAUACAUAAAUUGUUUGCUGUCACAGCUUGAUGACCCCGAGAAAGGUCUCGAGAAAACAUUAUGCAAGAAGCUAGGAGCUAUAGUGGUGCAAGAGAUCAAGGAUGACAUGAAAAGGCACGGUAUCACAGAAAGCGGAGUAAAGAAGAUACAAAUGAAAGGGUUGUGCAAGACGGGCGACGGGAUCACCUUUGGAGUGCUUUUUGGUUCAAUAGCGUUUGGCGUCGCAAUCCCAUUGAUUGGUAUCGCCAUGCUGGUCCAGUCCUUGGUCCACUCGUUGAAUUGGAGUCGUCAACGCACCAUUGCAGACCUGCAGACACACAUUUGCAAAAGUCUUAAAGAAGAAGGGAACAAACACCUACAUGAUGCCGCCAUGAGACAUUUUUUCGACUACAGCACGGCUGCUGCAAAUUGGGACACUCACCUGAAGGCGCUGAGCAACUCUAGCUAGAGCAGCAGCGUCAUUCGUGGGAGUCUUAUUCACAACGCUCCGUGCUGUUCAGCUUUUGGGCUGCACGGUGCUGCAUGCUGUCCAUUAAAAUCACUGCAUUCAAGGCAAUUCCCUCAAGGGGAUUCUAAAGUGCUGAGGCAAGGCAAACAGCUUCAGCUCUUUUUUGAGCAGAGUGUAUCGCUGCAAGUUUUUGGACACGCACCUUGAAGUGAGAUGUGUUGAGCAUAUUUCAACUUGCAUAUUUCUCACCUGUUGGGAAAAAGGUGUUUGCGUGUCCACCUCGUGCUUGGUGCUCGCUGCAGCAUGUCUUGGCAGAUUUUGUCCUUGAGAGCAAAAAAGGAGGGCGCACUUGAGACUUGUGUGUAGAAUCAUGUCCUGAAGCAUGACCUGGCAGAAGCGUUGGCUCCUUUUGUGUCUUUGUUGGCAGUUGCUAGGUUGCAAGGCGUUUAGGUUUUUAGUAGCCAUGAGUGAGCGCUUGUCGAUGGCCGGAAACGCACAGAGUGCUCCCUCCCAGGAACUGAUCCAGUUUCUCAAAGAAAAGAAAUUGGAGAAGUACGCUGCCAGCAUUUGCAUUGACCAGAGCAUUUGCGAAAGUCAUGCGAGCGGAUGCAGUCAGUUGACUGCCUUGCUUGAUAUGGACUUUGUAAGUGUUGCAAAACUGUCCAAGCGUUGCGGCAUUUCGGUUGAUGACCAAAGACAACUUUGGGAGCUUGUCAGACAGCGAAGGCAACCUCCUUCCAUUGGAGCUAAACUCGCGCAAGAACUGUUGUCCACUGCAGAGGAAAAGGAGGGCUUUACAUUGGUUUCCUUACCCUUUGAAGAGAAAGAACACUGUCUGCAUUUCAAUUGCCAAGAGAUGACUGGUGGCGUGUAUCCGUGGAGCUUGCGGGCUUUCAAUGCACAGAUUCCAAGCCAAUACCAGGAUGAAGAUGCAAGCACACAUAUUCGACUAUUGGUAGUGGGACAGACAAGUGCCGGCAAUGCGGCCCAGAUUAACGGCAUCCUGAACUAUUUCCUUGGCAUGGAAUGGCAUGACUGCAUCCGCUUCCAAGUUGGGAGGCAAGAAGCAGGAGUCGCAGACACAGUCGACGUGUUCAUGCUUCCUGCCAUUAAAGGAGCACCAGUGAAAUGCAAGUUGACUCUCAUUCAGGCCCCUGCUUUGGGGGAGAGUCACGGUUUGCCCUUUGAUUCUGCCGUCCUGGACAAAAUCAAAGGCUUCUUUCGGGAGUUUCCACAAUAUGUUGAGUCGCUAUCUGGUCUAUGCUGUGUGCCAAGUGAUUCCGCAGAUUUGUUGGACAUUUGGUGUCCCAUUCUGGGCCUGUUCGGGAAUGAUACUCAGCUGUCAUUCAUGCUUGAGAACACUCAAGAGACAGCGGUAGGCUAUCCAAGAGGUGCAACGAUCUUUAACGACAUGUCUUCCCUCACCGAGCCCAGGGACCAAAAUUACGCCGGGCAGCGGUGCUGGAUAGAAGAUCGGAAAAGCAUGGAGACGCUCUUCCAAUCUCUUGUUGCCUUUGACCCAGUUCUUCCAAACCCAAUCAACGAGAUCAUGGAGCGGCGAGAGCAGUUGGAAGGCACGUUGGAAGAGUUGGGUCAGCGCAUCAAAGUGCUUCAGGAGCGCACGAGCAGGAUUCAAAACUGGGAUGGAGAAACAGAGGGUGACCACGAGACAACACUGGACGGUUUGCAGGUUGAUGUAAGCACAGAGUGCCUUGCUGUUUUGAAUCUUCAAGAACAGGUCAGGAUUUGCAACAAUCGCCUUGAAGAUAUUGCUAUGUAUCCCAGCGCCAUGCCUCGGGAAGACUAUCUUGAGAAGGUGAUUCAGCAUAUGAACCCAGGCCUUGAAUGCCAGGACAAGGUUGACUCCCUGGAAAAACUGAAGAGAACGAUCGAAUUGCUACGAGAUGCAGCGAUGCCUGACUAUUUGUCGAUCUUGUUGAAAGACUUUAACCAGCAAGAUACUGUUAGAGCUCACCGGAACAGGCGUUUCUUCUACUCGUACUGACCUGGCGAUUCCAACUGGAUUCACGCAGCCAUCUUAGACAGCCUCGAAUCACUAAGACUUUACCGAAGUUCCGAAGAGCAGAGUUUUUGAUAGAAGCCCGAAAAA